GUGACGCGGCGGGCGGCAUUGAAAAAUGGCGGAAAGAAGACCAGAAAAUUUUGCCGAUACACGUCACAGGCUACGUGCGGCAGUGGUGUGUACUGCUGGCUUUCUGGUACACCUAACUUUGGGUACUCUGUACUCAUAUGGCAACAUGGCCCCAUACAUUGUUUCAUACAUCAGGAAAUAUGGCACUCCUCAAUCCUUGACAGUAACAACUGCUAGUUGGAUUUAUGCUUUAAUGCUAGCUGGUCAAGGAUCGAGCAUGUGGAUUGGUGGGAUUAUUGAGAAGAAACUUGGAGCACGUCUAACAACAUUAGUUGGAUGCAUGAUAAUGAGUGCUGGAGUUACACUGACAUACUUCAGUAUAAGCUCAUUCUGGCUCACAUUGCUAACAUAUGGCUUACUAUUUGGUGUUGGCGUUGGCAUUGCUUAUGCUCCUCCAAUGGCCUGUGCAAUGAGAUGGUUGCCACGUCGAAAGGGACUAGCUGCUGGCAUUAUUGUGUCUGGAUUUGGUGCUGGUGCAUUCGUUUUUGAUCAAGUCCAGACAGCCUUUAUUAAUCCUCACAAUGUUCGUGCUACUACAAAUCUACCAGAAUCUACAGAAAAAUACUUUGAUGAUGAGGAUGUCUUGCAUCGAACAAGAUUGUGUUUUCUCCUAUUGGGAGGGAUCUAUUUUAUCAUUCAAAUAGUUGGUUGCUUAUUUCUAUUUGAUCCUAAAGAGGAACACAGACCAUCGUCGUAUUCUACAGCUCUAGAUGAGUCUGAUUCUGAAUCAGUGACAGAACGCACUGUAUUCAAUGGAGGUGACGAGGAUUCAGUAGAAUAUGAAGAAAACUCUACAGAAGCAAUUGAUCAACAAAUGGGACUUCGUCCUCGCCAGUUAUUUCAGCAAGUCUCAUUCUAUGUUCUUUGGUUCAUGUUUCUGUGCAAUGGACUAGCUGUGGUAUUCAUUUCCACUCUGUUCAAGGCAUUUGGUUUAACAUUCAUUAAUAACGACCACUUUCUGGCUGAUGCUGGUGCUGUUGCUGCCCCAUUCAAUGCUGUCUCCAGGAUAUUUUGGGGUUACAUGGCUGAUCGUUUCUCAUUCAGAAUUGCUAUGAUAUCAAUGACAUGCUUGAUGACUGCCUUACUUCUGUCAUUUGAAGGAACAACACUGGUCGGAAAGCCCAUGUUUUUUAUAUGGGUCUGCUUGCUCUUCUUCUGUAUUGGCGGAAAUUUUUCACUGUUUCCUGCUGCAACUGCCAGGUUUGGAAAAUCAUAUUUCACCACCAAUUAUGGUCUCGUCUUCACAUCACAGGUUGUUGCUGGUCCUAUUGGCGCUCUGUUGUCUACAACACUCUCAGGUGCAAUUGGAUGGACAGGGAUAUGGUUUUUGGCAGCUUCUUUGUCUUUCUUGGGUACAACAUUUGCUUUCUUCUAUAAGAUGCCAACUACCUUUAUUUCAAAAUGUCCUGGUCACUGGAAGUGUACAACAUAUCAUGGAUUAGACGUAAAACUGAACUCAACAUACCUAGAUGUAGGCCCUGCAGAACUGAGUGUCAUGGAGGACUACACUGUGUUCUACAGAAAGUGUGCUACAAGAGCACAGUCAUCUGCAUAUCAUAACUCACGAAACUUUGUAAUUGAUGUCUUGGUACAAGUAUUCCUAUGGUGUAUUGAGGUGACAAUGGAAAGAAGAGGGGAAAAUACACGACAUACGAUACGUGCGACAGUUGUGUGUAUUGCUGGUUUUCUCGUGCACUUAACUUUGGGUACUCUCUAUUCGUUUGGCAACAUGGCUCCAUACAUUGUUUCAUACAUCAGGGAAUAUGGUACUCCUCACUCCCUAACAGUAGCAACUUCUACUUGGAUAUUUGCUCUUACGGUGGGUGGUCAUGGAGCAAGCAUGUGGAUUGGUGGGAUUAUCGAGAAGAAACUAGGAGCACGUCUGACCACUUUUGUUGGAUGUAUAAUCAUGAGUACUGCUGUUACACUGACAUACUUCAGCCUAAGCUCAUUCUGGCUUACAUUGCUGACAUAUGGCUUGCUGUUUGGCAUUGGUAUUGGCUUUGCCUAUGGUCCUCCAGUGGCCUGUGCAAUGAGAUGGUUGCCUGACCGAAAGGGACUAGCUUCUGGCAUUGUUGUUGCUGGCUUUGGUGCUGGUGCAUUUAUUUUUGAUCAAGUACAGACAGCCUAUAUUAAUCCUCACAAUGUGCGUGCUACUGCAAAUCCAGAAGACCCCACAGAGAAAUACUUUGAUAAUAAAGACGUCUUGCACCGAACACGAGAGAGUUUUCUCCUAUUGGGAGGAAUCUACUUUGUCAUUCAAAUAAUUGGUUGCAUAUUUCUCUCUGAUCCCAAAGAGGAACUCAAACCAUCGCCAUACUCUACAUCUCUGGAUAAAUGCGAUCCUGAAUCAGUGACAGAAUGCACCAUGCUCAAUAAACGUGACAAAGAUUUAGCAAAAGAUGAUGAAAACUCGAGACAAGCAAUCAAUCAACAACCAGGAUUUCAUCCUCGUCAGUUAUUUCAUCAAGUGUCAUUUUAUAUUCUGUGGUUCAUGUUUCUAUGCAAUGGACAAACCGUCGUGUUGCUUUCCUCUCUGUUCAAGGCGUUUGGUUUAACAUUUAUUAAUAAUGACCACUUCCUGGCCAUUGUUGGUGCUGUUUCUGCCCCAUUCAAUGCUGUCUCCAGGAUAUUUUGGGGUUACAUUGCUGAUCGUUUCUCAUUCAGAAUUGCCAUGAUCUCAAUGACAAGCUUGAUGACUGCCUUACUCCUGUCAUUUGAAGGAACAACACGAGGUGGAAAGCCAAUGUUUUUUAUAUGGGUCUGCUUGCUUUUCUUUUGUGCUGGCGGAAACUAUUCACUAUUCCCUGCUGCAACUGCCAGGUUUGGAAAAUUGUAUUUUACUGCCAAUUAUGGUCUUGUCUUUACAUCACAGGCUGUUGCUGGUCCUAUUAGUGCUUUGUUGUCUACUACACUAUCCAGAGCAAUUGGCUGGACAGGGAUUUGGUUUAUGACAGCUUCUCUGUCUUUCUUGGGUACAGCACUUGCUUUCUUUUACAAGAUGCCAUCUAUCCCUGAUUCAAGUUAGUACUGAUCACAUGAUACACAGGUCAAGGAUCUACUACAGAACAAUUUCAUUGGAAAAUGCACCUUUAUUGCUAACAUGGUAAAUCAAGAGC